AGGCAACUUUUCAUGUUCUCUCUUCUCCAUUAUUUCAUUAUAAAGAUCAAAUAAUCUUUAACAGUUUCUUGUCAUCUCUGAGAAAAAAUGGCAAGCAAUAUGGAAGUUUUCUGCGAGAUCUUGAUAGCAAUCCUUCUUCCGCCUCUUGGAGUCUGCCUCAAGCGUGGCUGCUGCACUGUAGAGUUCUUGAUAUGCUUGGUGUUGACUAUCUUAGGCUACAUCCCAGGGAUAAUCUAUGCACUUUACGUGAUCGUGUUCCAGAACCGUGAAGGGGAGACUCCGGAUUACAGUACUCCACUCAACUCAGCUUGAGAUUAUCUGUCGGUCCAUCCAACAUGUUAUUCACUUGAAACUGUUUACUUAUGUAACCACUCAAUAAAGUUGCAAUCUAUCUGAUUCCUUGUUAUGUAGUUCAAGUAUGGUAAUUUCAUGUACCGAUUUUUUCACUAUUGGCAUCACAGAUCUCUCAUCGCAUGUAUAAUCUUUUGUAAUCAAAGUCUUUUCUGGUACGACCCAGAUUUAAACUUAA